AAAACUAACCAUUUAUAUGUUCAAUUUAUCGGAUUCAUUAAUUAGAGUAUCCUACUAGGCUUUGGUUCCAGAAAUUAAAAAAUAAAUAAUUUGGUUCAUGUCAGAUACGUCAUUUGGUCCUGCCACAGGCGCCACGACCUGUUUUCUUUGUCGAUUCCCCAUUCUAGCUUGAAAAAUCUCGUCAUACUGUUGGAAUGUUUAGGUUUAGAGUUUAGACCAAUCCCCUUUAAUUCCAUGGUCUAGCCCCACAGUGUCUAGCCUUUGACGUGUGCUGUCAGAGCAGUGCCAGUCUGUUUCUGUUCCAGUAAAGUGCUCCAGUGACAUGUUUAAAAAGACUAUUUUAUAAAAAGCUGCAGAUAGGAUAUCAUCCAUCAAUAUGGCGGAUGUUCAAUUCGGAAGAUAUUGUAUUCACUUCUUCAAUACCAGAGAAUGUCCAAAUGGUACUAAAUGCAGCUAUACACACAAAACAAAUCAUGAAGUAGAACAAUUCCACUAUGUUGUUGGAAACGAAUUUUUCUUGGGCAAACUACGUAACCAAAGGGUGUGUCGUUACUUCCGUAGGGGCCAUUGCAUUCAUCAACAGAAUUGUCACUACCUGCAUGACAAUUCAGAACCUGCUGCUGGCAGAGGUAGCAUCGACAGGGUCAGCCGUAAUACUAGGGCCGGAACAAAUGCAAAUCCUCCAUCUACUUCUCAAACUGCUGAUAUGGUCAACAAAAACACUGUGAAUAACAGGAAAGAAUUACCAAACAAACAGCUCAAGAUCUCUAGUGAAGAAAUACUUACUUGCAAAAAAAUAGAAGAAACAAGCAAGUCGGAAGACGCGAAAGAAGAAGGUGCUUGUGCAUCCCCUGUUAGUAGUUUUCGAGAUUCGUGGGUAAACGCACCCGAAUUCAUCCCAAAGUCCAGUCUUCAGCCUCGAAGUUACGCGGCGGUACUCGGCUCUGAAUCUGCUAAUGACGGUGCAGCUUGUUACACAGACUUAGUCGCCAACCGAAAACUGUGCCCAUACGCGAACAAGGAUGGUGUAUGUCGAAACAUCUUGCACUGCACAUACUUACAUGGGGAAAAAUGCGACAUGUGCGAACGGCUGAUACUGCAUCCUUUCAAUGAGGAACAGAGGAAAAAACAUAGACAGGAGUGUCUGAUGGAGCACGAAAAAAACAUGGAAUUAUCGUUCGCUAUUGCUCGCUCUAAGGAGAAGUCAUGCGGCGUCUGUUUCGAAGUGAUCAUGGAAAAAGCUAGUGGAGAACAAAGGUUUGGAAUACUGCCGAAUUGUAAUCACUGCUUCUGCUUGACUUGCAUCAGGAGGUGGAGACAAGCCCGGCAGUUUGAAAAUAAAAUUACAAGAGCUUGUCCGGAAUGCAGAGUUACCUCAGACUUCGUCUGCCCAAGCAUGUAUUGGGUAGAUACUAAGGAAGAUAAGGAUAAGCUAAUCGAUGACUACAAGUCUGCACUUGCCCGCAAAGACUGCAAGUAUUUUAAGAAGGGCCAAGGAAAAUGCCCCUUCGGUAACAAGUGCUUCUAUCUACAUGCUCUUCCUGAUGGUCGCAAGUUGGAUGUUGGACCUCCGCCAAGACAGAGAAGGCCCAGGAACCAGGAGAACAAUAUUGAUGUUUUGCAGGUCAUGCUGUGGGACUACCUAGACGAGCGCGAUUUUCCAUGGCAGUCUUUGGCCGAUGAUCUUGAGGAUCUGGUGUCGUUUUUUACCGAUUCUGACGAGUCGGAUUGGUCUGAUUAUGAGAUAUUCUUUGAUUAGUCUUUACAGAUAAUUAUCCAUGUCUAUCCGCAAUAUUUUGAUUAUUUUGUUCGGUUCUACUUUCAAGUAUUUCGUUACACUGAGGCUGAGGUUAACUAGAGCGAUUUUAAUUUUCAAGGUAUAAUUUUACACCUAUUCUUUUUGCGUCGUGUUGAAAUAUUGUGUAUUCAUCGUAAAUAUUUUUUUAACAUACUUAGAAGAGCAGAAAUCAGUUGAAAGCUAAACUAUUGUAUGCGUCUUAGCAACAAGGUUAUAAAGGAUGUAAAAAGUCUUAAGUAGAUAUUUCAUUGAUGGUUGAAUCUGUAAUUUUUCGCCAGGUUUUUGCAAAACCAAACCAGCUUAGGUGACUUUUUCACCACCUAUUUUACAUAGCAAAACGUGGUAGACUUCUCGCAGGUGACCUGAACAGCAGGGCGCAUGCAUAAUUCCAGCCAAGUUUUGUCAUUUUCGAAACAAACUUAUCUUUGGCAACAUUGAGCAAAUCUUAUUUUUGAGUUUUAAAACCUCUCCUGUGGAUGUUACAUAAUUCGAGAUCAAAUAGUCAAAUUGUUACAUACAGGGUUUGUCCGGAAAGUAAUAGGACCGCGCACGCUCCUAAGUAGUCAUGGCGGAAGAAAAUGAGUCCUAUUACUUUCCGGACAAACCCUGUAUACCAGUAAGAUUCAAUAAAGUCGCACUCAAAUGUACCAAAUAUGGUUUGCACCCACUGACUCGGAGGCAAGAUGUAUGUAAUGAUCUAAUGAUACAUGUCCCUACACCAUUUCAAAUAGAUUGCUUGCCUUUGGGGGAUUCUAAAAAAUACUGCUUCGUGGAAAAUAUCCAGUGUCAUCGUGGCAUUAGCUUCCGUAAAAUUCGAUACAUUGUUUUCUGCGAUGAACUGUGGCAUUAAAUUUUCGAAAUUCUACGUAUUUUUUGUCGCCGAAGCUUUAAGAACUGUCGCAACAGUUCGCUGUCUGGUACCCUGGAUUUAACUGCUAUCAAAAUUAUUAUCAUCACUUUUUUAUUCUAAAAGUGGAUAUGGAUAAUUAUGAAGAGUACCUUGCGAUUUUAGGACUCAUAAAGGUUUUGUUUUAAAUGAAGAAUGAUGGAUUUUUACGUGACUUUAUGUAACCUUAUGUUGAUAUAUACACGUGUAAUACAGAUCUAUCAAACUAGGAAUAUUAAACUGAUUAAAAAAUUUAGAGUUUUUGAUUUGUCAUUCAUGUUUGGUGAAUGUAAAUACAGGGUUUUCCUAAAAUUGUUUCCCGGAAUGUCAACCUGUCUUCCCUUAUUUUUGUGUAGUACGAGCCUGGGCCAAAAUAUGGAACGGAUAGAUUUCUGAUUAAUCUUCAUACAAAAUACAGAAAGAAAUCUAAUUUCUUUCAACAUCAUGUAUCAACAAGAAUUUAAUUGGAACACCCUGUAUACACAUUAUGGGCAGCAGCUAUAGCCCUGCCGAGAUACAGCUAGAUUUAUGAAAUCAAUGAUGAAAUUUUAUCCACCUCUAUAAAGAUAUCGAGACAAUUUUGUUACUUGUUCAGCACUGCAUAACAAUUACCCAAAAAAAUCUCUGACUCAUGUAACCAGGGAUGACUUGGAUACUUGACGUCUACUAUUUUACUUUCUAUCCAAUGAAUCCUGUAUCUUAGCAAUGGGCAUUUGAUAAUAUGUUCGUGUUACUUUUUAAUGUACUUUCUGUCCUAAAAAUAUCACUACUGUUUCUGGAAUGGCUUGUGAAAGUAUGUAGCUAUUGGUGUAUUGUAUCAACGUUCAACCUCAAAACAUGUAUUAAUUUUAAAACAAAACAUUAUUUAUUCGAUGUUCUUUAUGUUCAUUUAAUGUUGAUACAUACUGGUGCCAGGAUACAUGACACAUUGACUUUUUUGAUAGUUUUUUAGAAUAAGUGUAGAGUGAGUGAACCAACUCUACACCUUCGUAUAUAUAUAUAUAUAUAUAUAUAUAUAUAUAUAUAUAUCCUUUGGGUAGAAGGCAGGCAGUAUUAUAACUUAAUCUCUCAAGCUUUCGAAGAUCUAUGUCUUCAUCGUCUGGAGCUGGAAACAAUUAUUAACAAUAGCAACAAAUAGCAAUUAGGAGAGAAAUAUUUACUUACUAAGUCGGCGAGAUUGUUGCUGAAAUUGUUUUUAAAAACAACAGUGAAGGGGACACAUAGUCGAGGAAUAAAAAACUGGACUGAUGAGGUUAUACAGAGGUCGGACGGUUUUUAAAAGAUCACAAAAUUUUUACCCAAGAACAAAUUUAUUGGCAGAUUCGGGUUAACAAUGAAAUAGCGUUUGUCGUGUGGUCGCCGUUUUUGACGAUGCUGGAGGCGUUCUUGAAAGUUCGCGUAGACUCUCUCCAACAUCGUUCUCCCAACGUGGGCGACUUCCACGCGAAUUGCCUCCUUCAACUCGUCCAGAGUUCGGGGCUUGUGCUCGUAUGAGGUAUCCCCAUAGGAAAAAAUCACGUUUGGAUAAAUCUGGGGAUCGAGGAGACCGAUGAACAUCAAACUUGGAAAUAAGGCGAUCAUGAUCAUCGUUGCUUUGGCUGUGUGGGCGGUCGCCCCAUCCUGUUGGAACUUGUCGUAUUUCAGGUAAAAAGAAGCCCCGAGUUCACCGUAACAGCAUUGCCAUUACCGACUACGAAGAAGUAAGGGCCGAUGAUGCAAGUUUGCGAUACAGCGCACCAAACCGCCACUUUUGGGAUGUGCAGCGGUCUUUCACGUCGAACAAGUCCCGCAUUUUCAGAGCUAGUCGUUUAAAACACAUCCGUCCCUUGUACCGAACCAUGUACGUUAUAAUAUAUUUGAUUCGUAUUUUAUAGGAAUAUGUAACCAGAGUAGUGAACGCACCUCCACUCACCCCACCAGCUGACAAGUAGAGUUAAUUUCGAACAUGAAAUCCAGUGUAAGUAUCGAAGAGGAAUUACAGAAAACUAUAGUUCCUGAGUCCAGCAGUCCCAAGAUGAUGCAAUUCAAAAUCUGCAUAUAGGUAGUGUUUUACAGAUUUACGAGUUACGUUCAUACUAUCCUGAACACUUUGAUACUGAGCAAGAAGACAUGCGUUUGAAUUCGAUCAGUCAUACAAAAAGGUAUUAAAUCAAAGGUUAAUGUCAAAUAUCAAAGUCCACCUUUUUCGAUCUGAGGUUUCCUUCACUACAUUUGAUAAGAAUAAGGAGCAAGAUGAGUAAGCCCCUUUCGGGGAAUAGAUCAAUAAGAACGCCUUGAAGUUAACGGCAAUAAAAAGGCCUCACAUCGAACAAAAUCGCUCUUGAGACAAAUAUAAGGAGGGUGCAUUUUGCGCUUAUUCACCGGAAUAUCGUAUUUUAGACAAUUGAAGAGUGUAAACAUUAGCAUUUCAUAGUUAUCUAGAACUACCAUUGCCAGUUUUAUAAUGUUAUAUAACACGAUCAUAGGGUUAUGCAAGAUUAUACAUUGAAUUGAUCGGGAAACCCUGAAUAUUCAUUUAAAUCAAAUAACAAUUGUAAAUUUGUAGUAACUCGGUAAAAAAUGAUGGUAUUGUUUUUCUAAGAGGAGCAUUGAAAAGCUGCAAAUGUCUAGCGUUAGAAUAGUCGAGUCAAGCUACAGCUACCAGGCAAUCCAAGGAAAUAGUGUGAAAAAAUUGGAGGUCUUUUAUACUUUUAAUUGGAAAAAUGUUUUCCGCUGAAUAAUUGCAUAAACUCGAUAGCCAAUUUUUGUCGAAAAAGGAUCUUGCCUUUGAUCAUCGGAAUCUCAGAAACUAAUCACCGUACGUGAAAUCUAAAGGUGAUUUUAAAAGCUGGAAUGCAAUUUCAUGAAGAUAAUGAUCAUUUAUGGAAUAACAAUUUUUCUUCACCUUUCAUAUGACCUGAAAAAAAAAACAGGUCAAAAGUGGUAAUUUAUGUUUUUUUCGGAGAGCCAAGCAAAUAUCGAUAGAAUACAAUAAUCUUGUAAAAUUUCGCUUUUCUCUACCUAGACUUUUUUUUACAAUCAUAUUUGCGAUAUAAUUGAAGGAUCACGUCUAUUGCUGAUAAAAAAUAUUUUUUGCAGAUACAAACGUGAUCCAUUUUUUUUUAAAUUUAAUUGUCCAAAGCAAAAAAACCGUACUGGUAUUAUUAUGUGUGUAUAUGGAGCUGUAAAAAUCACGCUCAACAUUAGCCAUCUUGUCAGUAUUUGGAAUUAAGCCCUUGUUUUAAAGAAACUCAGAAAUUACCUCUUUACCUGUUCUAUUUUCAGUUAUAUGAAUGAUUAUUGAUCCUUUUAGAGAAUCCAUUCCAACUUUUGAUUUCGGUACGAUGAUGGGUUUCUGAGAUAUCGAAGAUCGAAGCUAAAAUCUCAGCAAGGAAUUAUUGGAAAAUUAGGAUACUUUGAAGGUCUGGAGUGUUCGAAAUAUUAAUUGGUAAAUGUUCCCGAUUAUUCAACGUUGCCUUUUUUAAAUACCAUAAUAGUCAUGUACCCUCGUAUCCACAGAAAUCGUCUGUGAUAUGUUUCUUCAUUAAAUUGUAGUACUAGCUUUAAUUCAAGUGAGAAUGUAUUUCUAUUAUACCUCUAGAUUUUUGUAACUGUAAUUAAAAUUCUAUUGGAAAAAAACUAAAUAUAUGCAAAAUUUUGUGGGUAGUGUUGUUGAAAAUGUGAUCUAAUGUGAUUGGAUUAUGUGUUAUGCACGUAGGCGUUUUGUAUUCACUUUUAGGAUUUAUUUGGUUGAUUUGAAAUCGAUAGUUCCGUUAAUUUUUAAGAGCUUUUAUCAGUGUCCCUAUAUAGUAUAUAAUCGAGCGUUUCUGUUAAGGAAGGAUCGAAGUGAGCGACAAAAUAGCAGACUAACACUUUCUGUUGCGGAGGAAUCGUCUAAUGAUUAAAUUGAGAGAUAUUUUCAAACGUUGCAGCUUAAGCACAAAACGUAUGGAAUUUGACCACCGAUCAAUCUUUACGAAAAUUCGAUACUGGAAUAUGAGCUGUUCGGUAACAGCUUCGACAAGAGAAAAAAGUCACAAGGACUCAAUUCAGGCGAAUAAGGAGGCUGAGGACCCACAGGCAUGUUUUACUAGCCAAAAACUGGUUUAUUGAGAUUGCGGUGUAUACCUGAAAUAUUUUUGGAACAUCUGAUCAGCACAGCUUGAACUCACACUAUACGAAUUUUCGUUAAAAUUGCCCGGCCAUCAAAUUCCAUGUUUUGUGCCUGGUACAGAAUCUUUUAAACCAUUUGCUUACAUGUCUUGUCAAACCGUUUUGUUAAUGGAUGUCUUUCCCAAACAGCCUUGUCGUUGGAAAAAGUGAUAAAUCCAGAACAUUUUUUCAUUCAUAAAUAUCUUAAAUUCCCAAGUAGCUUACAGUCUUAACCCAGUUACAGUUGAUAUUACUUUGACUGUUUGCAUCAGUAGGCGUUUCUUCCAAAAUCAUUUACUUAAUUUCGUUUCGCAUAAUCAUUUUGUAUUUGAACUUACCAAAAGAUAAGGCAUCUAAGAUGCAUCAUUCUGCUAAUCUAGAUGUUACCCUAGAUGAUGUGGUAUUAUAUAAGAGGUGCUACUGGUAUUCGUAUUGUUUCCACGUAUUUACGGAAAGUUGUUUUAAAAGAUUGUUUUGUAGAACUAUUUUUAAUAUUCAUAAAUAUUGAUCGCAACUAGAACCAUAAAGUGCUAUAUGACUUCGAAGUUGAGUCAUUUAUUUUAACAGCGAGUAGAUCUGAUCAAAAGAAAUGUUUUUUUCCUUUACCAUUUUUCUGGAAAAAUUAAAGUAACAAAGUUAUAGCCCUUUGGAAGUUUGAGUACCGCCCUGUCUCAAUAAUAUCAUGUGCUCGUGUUUGGCAACAACGGAUAUAAUCCGCCUUAUCGGUUCAUCGCAUCGGAAACAAAAAAGCGAAGGAAUUUGGAACGAUGUUUUUACAAUUAUGUUAUUCAGUUCAGUUAUACAUACAGUCAGUGUCAGUCGCGUGUGAAUAGUGUCUGUUGCGUGGCUCAAACGAAAUAAAAAAUGGCACAUGUUUAUGCGGAUCGGUUUCCCAAUCGAGUGCAACCAACCCCUCGUGCCUUUGUUAAUGUAGUACAACGGGCUCGUGAAUCAGGUGACUUAAGACCUCACAGGGGACCUCACGAUCAAAUACAGGUCCGCACUGAAAUACUUGUCGGGAGGAUACUUUAUAAAACAAGGUAAUUUUUUUUUUUUUAUUUUUACACACAUAUUUUGGUUUAUCUUCCUUCUACAAUCAUUAUCUGAAAAUUAAUGACUCAACUUCAAAGUCAGCGAACCUUUAGAAGCAGAAACUAAGUACCUAAGGCUUUUAGCGAUUUUGUUUGAAAUACCUGAUUUUGAAAACCACAAAAGCUGGUCAUCAUCCAAAUGGACCUGCUUUCAAGUAACAGAUUUCAAACGACACGUUGAUAGUUCUACAAAACAUAUAAGUGUUUACCUAAGUAAUUCUUAUUGAAAUUUGGAUAGUGAUUAUUGUAAAACAUGAGCUGGAAAUAAAUCUCUGUAAAAACGC